AUGAGGACUGUCGCUCUUACCCUGGCUCUGCCUGCACUCGCUGGCGCCUUCGACGUCAAGCCCUACGUCGAGUCCGACAAGCUCCAGGCCCUCAUCAACAUCGACGACCUGCUCGCCGGCUCUCAGAAGCUCCAGUCCAUUGCUGAUGCCCACGGUGGAAACCGCGCGUUUGGCGGCGGUGGCCACAAUGCCACGGUCGACUGGCUGGUCGAGGAGCUCCAGAAGCUCGACUACUACGACAUCUACAAGCAGCCCUUCACCGAGGAAUUUGUAGGCUCAACGGCCGCUCUCAACAUCAAGGGUGUUGACGUUCAAUCCCGUCCUCUGGUAUACACCCCUGCCGGAAACGUCAGCAAUGCGCCCCUCGUCGCCGUCGCCAACUCUGGCUGUGAUGCCCGAGAUUUCCCUGCCGCCGUCGCUGGCGGUGUCGCGCUUAUGCCGAGAGGCUCUUGCAACUUAUCCACCAAGGCCACCCUCGCCAAGUCUGCCGGCGCCGCUGCUGCCAUCGUCUACAAUGACGAGGAAGGUGAUCUUAGGGGAUCCUUUGGCGAGGAGUCGGAUGCCCAUGCACCCUCCGUGGGCAUCACCCAAGCCGAGGGCCAGGCCUUCCUUGCUUCUCUCAAGGCUGGCCAAGAUGUCAGGGUCAAUCUCAACCUCGUCUCUGUCGUCGAGAAACGCACCAACUACAACGUAAUCGCCGAGACGAGAGGGGGAGACCACAACAACGUGCUCAUGAUCGGAGGCCACGCCGACUCUGUUUUUGCCGGCCCUGGUAUCAACGAUGACGGUUCCGGCACUGUUGGUGUCCUUACAGUUGCCAAGGCUCUUAGCCGGUUCAGCACCAAAAACGCUGUUCGUCUUGCUUUCUGGGGCGCCGAGGAGUAUGGCAAGCUCGGCUCGUACUUCUACGUCAAGCAGCUCAACAGCUCCGCCUCGGAGCUUCUCAAAAUCCGCGCAUACCUCAACUUUGACAUGAUUGCCAGCCCCAACUACCGACUCUCCAUCUACGACGGCGACGGCAGCACCUUCAACUUUUCGGGCCCCCCUGGUUCUGACGUUAUCAAGAAGCUCUACGAGCGGUUCUACGAGGCCAGGGGUCUCAGCCACGUCCCCAGCGAGUUCAACGGCCGUUCCGACUAUGCUGCCUUCAUCGAGAACGGUAUCCCCGCUGGUGGUGUCUUCACCGGCGCUGAGGCUCUCAAGACCGAGGCCGAGGCUGCUCUCUUUGGAGGCCUGGCCGGCGUCUCCUACGACCCCAACUAUCACCAGGCUGGCGACGACAUCAAUAAUCUGAACCACGAUGUCUACCUCAUCAACGCCCAGGCCAUCGCCCACAGCGUUGCCACGUACUCGAUGAGCUGGGACACCAUCCCCCCGGUCUCGCUUCCUCAGCGCAUGUGGGCCGCUGACACGGCCAUGCAUCUCAUGCACGCUGCUGAGCUUACCGGCCACGCUCACGAUGGACCAUGCGGUGGUGGUGUGACUGUCUUGAUCUAG